CUAUAACAGGCGCGGCAGAGCAGAGUAGAGCCCGCGGGCAACAACUAGGUAGUACAGCGCGUCUCACAUUUUUCUCCAUCUCCUUCCUGUCGCUCCUUCGUCUCAGCCAGUCUCUAUCGUCAACUCCAUCAUCCACAAUGACCUCAACAUUCGUUCUCGCGUCCCUCCUCGGGCUUGCCGCCGCGCAGUCCUCAGUCCUCUCCAUUCCCUUCUUCAUCUUCGACCCGCAGGCCAUCGAGGCGUCGAUUGUGUCCGCGAACCCGUCUGCGACGACCAUGGCGCUCGCGUGUCCGACCGGCACCGAUUCGAACGACUGCGGCCUGUUUCCUCAGAUGACGCUCAUCUACGGUCCCUCGACCUACCACCUGGAUAUGGGCGUGGGCGACGCGGCUGCGUUUACAGGCAGCGCGGACUGUGCGCUCGGCGCGACGGUGACGUGCACCGAGUUUGCGACGGGCAGCGAGGCGAACUUUCCGGGUCGCAGCACGGAGACUUAUGCCCCUUCGGAUAUCCUCACGCUGCCUGUAACGGUAACAGGCGGUGCUGAGAAGCUUGGGAGCGCUCAGGCCAGUGCAACGGAGAGUGCGAGUGCAAGUAGCAGCACGGGCGGCAGCGCGACAUCUGGAAGUGCUGCGAGCGCGUCCACUGCGAGCGUCACGCAGAUCGUCGGCACAAACAGCGCCUCUGCCAGUGCGUCUGCGAGUGCCAGCCGCACUCAAUCCGCCGCUGCGACUCCCUCCCCGGACGCAGGUGCUGCGAUUUCCAUCUCCGCGGGUGGACUAGUCGGCGCUGUCGUGUGUGCGGUCGGCGUGCUCUUGUAGUCAGGCUCAGCGAGAUGGAGGUCCAGUAAUACCAUAAUACGAAUCUAGACGUGAAGGUUAUCACAAGUUCCAGCUUCCAUCAUGCUGGGUUCCCAGCACGUCAUCGCUUAGACCUCCCUCGCCAUGCCUCAACAUCGCAAGACGUGCUUAACUGCCGAGCCUAUCGCCUAUCACGGCUCGCUGAUGCACGAAAUAUGCAUCAUCCGGUCGCUUGCCUCCUUCGCCAUCGC